CUAAUAUUCAAGAUCGCGAUUCUAUUUUCUAGGUGGAGGGGAAAAGAGUAAUCGUCACAUCAUGUCGCGAUUAAUAGCGCGACCAUUACGGCAGGCGCUGCCUAGGCCUUUGGUCCAACAACCGCGAAAUGCCUUAAUGCCAUUCGUAGGCAUUCGGUCAUUAGCAUCUGUAAACGAGCCCGAACAAACUCCCGAGUCCUCUGAAUCAUCCGAAACCUCUGGAUCUUCCGAAUCCCAAUCCGGGCCUCCUCAAUAUGUGAACGAACUCACAGACCCUCGCGAAGCGAAUAUGGUCCGACUUCCUAGGGCUGUUCAAGCCAUCUACCUCCAACCUCUACGAAGAGAAGCCGAGUUCGGCGUACCUUCGUGUGAUCUACAAUUGCGAUCCUUCAGCAUUCCCAAUCUCGAGUUCUUCUGCGACUUUGCGCUACGAGCCGCAUACUACCUGAACCUUCCCGCAUUUGGGCCAGUACCUCUACCCAAGAUCAUAGAGCGAUGGACGGUUCCGAGGAGUCAUUUCAUCUUCAAGAAGUCGCAGGAGAACUUCGAGAGAAUCACGAGAAGGAGGUUAAUUCAGAUCAGAGACGGACACCCGGAGACGGUACAGAUCUGGCUGGCAUAUCUACAAAAGCAUGCGUACUACGGAAUUGGUAUGAAGGCAAAUGUCUGGGAGUUUACAGGUCUUGACCCCGGUAAGCAUAUGGAUGCUCAGGCUCAGUCUUUGCAAGAGAUCGUAAACCAGAAGAUGGAGCAUUUUGGAAGAGACAAGACGCCUGGUACGGUAGAAAAGGUCAAGGAACUAUUGGCAAGCGAGAGAUUCAAGCACACGAGCUAGAUGUUGUUUCUCUCCACCUGUAUAUUGUAACAUACAAUUGAUUAUAUUGAGUCUAUAAUUGUCUCAACAUGGUUAUGAAGACUAUUACAUACCUCCUU